AUGACUCGAGCAAUUCCUUACGCAAUCCAAACGGCUCGUAUCGGCAUUCCAUACAGGGCUCUUUGUCGUAGUUCUUAUAGAAAUCCUACAAUACACACCAUCGGCAUUCGCCACUUCAACAUUCACUCAGCUGCUAAUGCAAUUCCAGUCCACAUGCGUAAAUACUCUCUUUUUGCUUUGUUAUUUGGGGUAGCUGGAUGUCGGGCUUGGUAUUCUCAUCAAAGUCAAUCCGAAAACAAUUUGAACAAUGAUGUAUUGGCUGCAAAGACCAAUACGCCCAUGGGUUCGAUGAAACAUCCUUCAACUUAUCCCGAAGGAAUAAAAGUAACAGUUGGAACUGAAUCAUUGUCUACAGACGCUCUUUACAAUGAAGAACCAAUCUCAAAGCGAAUUGAUGAAUCUGGGAAGAGGGUCUUGGAAAAGUUGACUCCAUUACAAGCAACUCAAAAACUUCGAAGAAAUGAAGAAAGCUAUCUGAUCGGAAGGGGUAGAGGCGUUAUGAGAUACGAUGUUGUGCAAAUUCCAAGUAAUGAUCCAAUUGAAGACGAUCAUUCCGAGAAGAUAAUUGAGAUGCCUUAUACUGGGACGGAUACUUUAAAUCAAACCGUAACUUCAGGUGAUUGGAUGUUCUGGGGCGUUUACGAUGGUCAUUCUGGUUGGACGACAUCUGCGAAAUUGCGACAAGUUCUGAUAAAUUAUGUUGCUCGCGAAUUAAACUCUGCAUACAAGAAUGCAACGAUAGAAUCAUCUACAGGACUUCCAUCAAACGAAGCAAUCAGCGCGGCGAUGAAGACAGGAUUUCUACGUCUUGAUAAUGAAAUUGUUAAUGAGAGUGUUGAAAAGACUUUCAAAGCCAAUACAAAACUCGCUGCUGCUAAGUAUCUGACACCAGCUCUAUCUGGAUCUUGCGCACUCCUAUCAUUCUAUGACAGUAUAUCUAAAUUACUUCAUGUAGCUUGUACGGGUGACUCUCGCGCUAUCCUCGGCCGUCGGGAUCAAGAUGGAAAAUGGACUGCAUCGCCCCUGACAGUUGACCAGACUGGUAAUAACCCUGAUGAAGAGGCACGUAUCCGAAGCUCUCACCCUGGCGAAGAACAUGUAAUACGCAACGGUCGAGUACUAGGAGGCCUAGAACCUACACGAGCGUUUGGAGAUGCCUCGUAUAAGUGGAGUCGUGAGAUAUCGGAGUACGUCAAGGAAUAUUUCUUUGGACGUACUCCUUCCAAGCUUCUCCAAACGCCACCUUACGUUACCGCAGAACCUGUAGUUAGCACGACUCAAAUACUUCCCGAAAAGGGUGACUUUGUUGUUAUGGCUACAGACGGACUUUGGGAAAUGCUCAGCAACGAGGAAGUAGUCGACCUGGUAGGUCAAUGGAUACAGAAGCAGUCUGAAGGUGUUAAUGGUGAUUUUUGGAAAAACGAAAUCAAAAAAGGCGAGAAAUUUAGUAUGCCCAUCACGCUGAAUAUUGACAGUCAGAACCUUAAUUCUCAGAAGACCCCGAUUAGACAAAAGCAAUGGGGUAUCAAGACUGAAAAUGAAAGAUUUGUUGUACAGGACAAAAAUGCUGCAACGCAUCUAGUUCGAAACGCCCUUGGGGGAAACAACAGUGACUUGGUGUCUGCAUUACUAUCACUAACUGCUCCAUACUCAAGAAGAUAUCGAGAUGAUCUGACAGUUGAGGUUAUCUUCUUUGGGAAUGGAGAAAAUAAUGGUGAAGUAACCAUAAACAAAGAGGCUAGUGCCACCAAAAUGAUUAAAUCGAACUUGUAA